UAAGAUAAAAAAUUACCUUUGGAUCAUUAAAAAUGUUGGGAUGUCUUGUUCGCAAAUGUGUGCGGAGAUUCGUAGUGCCUCCGCCUGUUUUAAACUGUUUCAUACAAAUAGAGCAGAGCGCCUCGUAAACACCGCAUUUAGUAAAAUACUUCCAUACCGACGAGUGCGCCAUAACAAACCAGCAAGCAAACCGAGAACCGCGUACACACCGAUCGCACUGCACAACAACCGAUUUCUCAGUACCGUUGUGAAACAACCGGAAUGGCAGUGGCAAAAUACGCCAUUGACAAUCAAGAAAGAAACGAACAAAACAUAGGAGCAUUUUGAAGUGGAAUAGAGACAGCGCUGCAUCAAUCCAGUGCUGCCACCGGUAUUAAACCUGUGAAAAAAUUCACUAGGCUAUAAACCGGUUUGUUCGAUGUAGGCAACCGGUAGAUUUACUUCACAAUUUAUUCAGCAGUGGUACAUAGUUUGCGUGAGUGUGGGUUCCAAUCAGCAGCAGUGUGUGAUUGUCCGUUGAGUGCGUCGAUGGGUUGAAGUUGCCGCUGAUUGCCUCCAGGCCGCCACGAUUGAUAUGCCUUGAUAACGACUCGACACGCGCUCAGAAUGAUUGACCGCAGUUUACCGGCGGUGGGUACGUCGCGUUAAUUCUGCAGGUAUCGUGAUGGACGCCGACGGCAUCGGCUUGUCGUUCAACCGGGCGCAGCGUUUCGUGCUUGGUUGCUUCGUGCUGCUGCUUGUCGACGUGAUUUGGGUGUCAUCUUCAGAACUUACAAAGUUUAUUUAUCAGCAUGAACAAUUUGAGAAGCCCUUCUUCUGCACAUACCUGAAGACAUCAAUGUUCACAUUGUACCUGCUGGGGUUUUGCUUCUGGCCUCCAUGGAGAGACAGUUAUUGCAACAAGCCACACAACUACAUGUUUAUUGACCCUGAUCAGGAGGAUGAAAAUUUUUAUUCUGAAGCCAACACAAGUCUGAGUAAUCCAGUUUAUGUGCCUGUGAAAACAACAGAGCGCGAGAUUGUGCACGAUCGCAGUUCGGGCACCGAGAGCGAUGAUUCCUCGAUUCGCUCGGUUCGAUUUAAUAAAUUGGCUGAGGUGCGACAUAUGAGCGAAAUGGAAGCCACCGAAGCGCUGCUCGCACGACUCAGCUAUCAGGCGAGUGUUCGUGCUGGUGAGUUAGCCAAGCGCGCCGCCAUUAAACUUCCUAUGAUGAAAGUUGCCAAAAUUGCGUUUAUCUUUUGCCUUUUGUGGUUUGCGGCGAAUUACACCUUUCAAUUGGCAUUGGCCGAAACCGAGGCUGGCAUGGUCACCGUCCUGUCUUCCACCUCCAGUUUAUUUACACUGGUACUGGCUGCCAUCUACCCUUCCGGGUCCACUGACAAAUUUACGUUGUCAAAACUUGGUGCGGUUAUUUUGAGUAUUACCGGAGUUGUUUUAGUAAGUUUGUCUGGAUUAUCUCAUCAAUCUCAAAUACCAUUGGGCAUCGCCUUGUCCAUUCUAAGCGCGUUUUUCUACGCAACAUACAUCGUAUUCCUAAAGCGCAAGGUGGAACACGAGGACAAAAUGGACAUUCCGUUGUUUUUUGGCUUUGUGGGUCUGUUUAAUCUCAUUCUGCUUUGGCCAUUGUUUUUCUUCUUCCACUACAGCAACUGGGAGCACUUUGAGUUGCCGACAAAGCAUCAGUUGAUGUUUCUGCUCGUCAACGGCGUACUGGGGACGGUCAUUUCGGAAGCGUUGUGGCUUUGGGGUUGUUUCCUGACAUCAUCUUUGAUGGCGACCGUUGCCAUAAGUUUGACCAUUCCAAUGACGAUGCUUGCAGAUGUAUUCUUACAGCGCGUCUCCUACCCGUGCCUUUUUUACUUGGGCACUGUUCCGAUGAUUCUUGCCUUUGUUGCCGUCAGCUUCCUUUCGCACUAUGACAAUUGGGAUCCGGUGAUGGACUUUCUACGAUGUGCCUGCAGCGCUCUGUUUAGACGUAGAUACCGUUUCAGAUUUGCUGAACCACCGUCUGAGCAAACCGAAGCGUUAAUCGGGAUCAACACUACCAAUGACCAUGAGGCGUGAAAAAGAAAACAACCAGAAUAUACAUUUAAAAAAAAUGGUGCUUGAGAAAGAAAAGAACAAUAAUGUGAUUUUAAUUUUAAAUUUGUUUUUAAAUUGUGAUUUACAUUAACGUACUAUAAAAUCUAUCCAAUCUUAAUUUAAGUACAUGAUGAGUAGGAUAAACUAAGUUAGUGAUUAGCGCCACAUAAACAUUUCCAUUUUUAAAUUGUAAAACAUUCAACAGACGUGUUCCAUGCUAGGCAAGUGGACUGUAGCGCACUGUGAUUUAUUUGUUUAUUGAUAAUUUAAUCGAAAGCAACAAAAUUCAAACCGGAAACCACGCGUCGAACGCAACAAAACGACUGAAAUUAACACAUACAAUAAUUAAAUACUUUUAUUGUACUGAAUGGUAAAUGUGUCUAGCGGAAAAUUGAAAUUCUUGCCGUUUCAAAACCUACUAUGUACUGUUCUCAUUAGAUACUAUGAUGAAGUUGUUAUAUUGAGUAAUUGAGAGACUUCGAGUAAUAGAACACGCAAAUACGACAGAGUAUAAUAGCAUUCAUAUUUUACAAGAAAUGAAUACAAUAACAUGCGAUAUACAUAUAUUUUUAAUAACUUUAUUCAUAAAUUAGUCAUGUAUUUUCGUACACAUUGUAUGUACUUUGCUGCAUAACUGAAAAAAGAAACAAAAAACAAAGACCGUACUUAUUGUAUAUAAAGUUAUUGUAUUGUAAAAUGUAAAUGACGUUAAAUUAAGCAAAACAAAAAACAAGAUGUCGUUAUUGUAACAUUGUAGCAGUUACAUAAAUCAAAUGAGAAAUAUCUCUCGAUGUACAACAAUUGAAAUAUUUGUCAAAACUUAAUUAUUGUCGUUGACUUGCAUCGUUUAUUGCAGUAUUAUACUGACAAUCUUGAAGUUA